AUGCCAUUAACCGCCCGACAACGGAGUAUUCAUAACAAAAAUGGAGCCAAGAGAUCGGCAAGUUUUAAUAAAGGCAGACGAUCACGUAAAUCCAGCGAAGGUGAAUAUUUAUUUACGAAUGCGCCAACUGAUUUACGAAGUAUAGCAUAUCCUGGAGGUGCAGUAGCUUUAGCUUUACUAUUGAUUGCUCGUCUUACAUCAGCAUACUAUGGACAGAUAGCUGAUUGUGAUGAAACAUACAAUUACUGGGAACCAUUGCAUUACUUAGUGUAUGGCAAUGGUCUUCAAACAUGGGAAUACAGUCCAAUAUAUGCAAUACGUUCUUAUAUGCCUCUUUGGCUAUUUGCUGUGCCUGCCAAGAUAUUAUCCUUUAUUAUGACGCCAGUAUCUGUGUUCUAUAGUCUGAGGGCUUUAUUGGCUAUCCUAACAGCUUGUGCCGAACUUAUGUUUUAUAAAGCGGUUUGUCAUGAAUUUGGGGUACAUGUAGGUAGAGUAUGGCUCUGUCUAACCCUCCCUGCAGCAGGUUGCUUUGUAUGCACGUCAGCAAUGCUACCAUCAUCAUGGAGCUCCGCUUUAGUCUCCGCAGCGCUCGCUUGCUGGUGGCGUAAAAGAUAUCCACCAGCUGUUAUGUUAACUGCGGCAACUGUGUUAUUGAGUUGGCCGUUCACUGCCAUAUUAGGUGUACCAAUAGCAAUUGACAUGCUUUUCUUCAAGGGACAAAUAUUUGAAUUCAUCAAAUGGUCAAUGAUUUCGCUGAUUAUAAUCCUCAUACCGACAGUUGCAGUGGAUUCAUGGCAUUACGGUAGAUUGGUUGUAGCCCCAUGGAACAUUGUAGCCUACAAUAUAUUUACCGAACAUGGUCCUGAUUUGUAUGGGGUUGAACCGUGGACAUAUUACUUUGUUAAUGGAUUCUUAAAUUUUAAUAUUGUGUGGGUCCUAGCACUAUCAAGCCCGCUACUACUGAUAGCAUGCACGCUCAUAUCGUCCCGCUCGACCGCGCGCGCCGCCUUCUGCGCCCCGUACUGGCUCAGUCUCUCGCCCCUGGUGCUGUGGCUCGGGGUGUUCAUGGUGCAACCCCAUAAAGAGGAACGAUUCCUGUACCCAGUAUACAGCAUGAUCGUGCUAGCGGGCGCCAUAGCCCUGGACUGCCUGCAGAAGAUGACGUUCGCCGUGGGCACGGAGCUGCUGCGCUGGCGCCGCGAGCGGCGGCGGCACUACCUGGCGUACACCGGCCCGCUCGUGCUCAUGUGCGUGCUGCUGGCGGGCGUCGCCGGUAUAUCCCGUAUAACAGCACUAUACAACCACUACAGUGCACCAAUGAACAUACUCCGGUCUCUGCCAGAAGUUGAUCAGGACCAGAUAAUCUGCUUCGGCAAAGAGUGGCAUCGAUCACCUUCCAGUUUUCAUAUCCCACUAUCAUAUAACAUACGGUUUGUGGCAAGUGAAUUCGAUGGGCAAUUGCCUGCACCGUAUCAAAAUGAACAUAAUGCAACCCGCCUCAUACAUCCUUACUUCAACGACCAAAAUGUGGGCGAUAAUCGAACCUACGUCGACCCCUCUGAAUGCCACUACCUCGUCGACUCAGAUAUAGGAACGCCAACAAAAAAAGAACCACCAUACCAUAAAAAUGUAAAUACAUGGGAAAUAAUGGCUUCCCUCCCCAUAUUAGAUGCGAGUAAAUCAAAUAAAAUAUUCAGAGCCUUCUUUAUACCAGUAUUAUCUAAUACGAACACGGUUUACGCUAACUUGUAUUUGUUGAAGAAUAAAUUAAUUAAA